AGAAAUCCCUAAAGCUUGGAUGAACAUGAAAUCAUCGACCCAGGAUGAGAGAAGCGAAUUCCAAUUUGAAGUGUUUUUGUCCGCGUACAGGUACUCUGAUAAGAAAGCUAAGUAGACCAUGUCGAAGCCUCCCCCUCGCCGGGACCCUUCCAAUGUUGGAAGCGUGUUGGGCAGUCAAAGUUGCGUGAAGCAGACCACGAAGUUCUUUCGCAUGUACGAGAGCGGCAAGGCAGUCAAGGGCUUGCUUGGAACUCCCAAGUUAGCGUGGAAUACUGAGAUAAAAGAGGGCGUUUUUUACGGAGAAAAGCUUGACGGCCCCUACAAGUCUACAAUCAGUCAGCCUCAGGCCAGCAGCCGCAAACCGUCUUCAUUGAAGCAGGUUUCCGCAACAACCAGUGCAUCAUCGUCGUCGAGCACAGCGCACCUGCCACGUGAACAUGCAGAAAGCUCUACUGGCUCUUCAACCGUAAAAGUGCUGGAAAGAGUCUCAUCCGAGGCAUUCGGAAGUACUAAAGCUGCGACGAAGACGGCGGUGGGUCCGCCAACCUUGACGGCGAGUGACCACUUUCGAAGAUCAUUUUCUGCCUACGGUACGUGGACCCACAAGAAAUCAUAAAAGCAGAGAGCUCCAAGCACUCUGUGAAGUGACUUUUUUUCAGAAGGCAAUCACAAUCGCAGCGGAGAAAGUUUUCGUGGGCUAGUACAAAACACGGCGAUUCGGGAAAGAAAAAAGUGUCUGG